AUACACACCCCAUGAUAUGGGGCCACUAUCAUCACCUCCUUACAUCUAUUAGACAUUUAAAUGCGGCAGAAAUUUGCACAGAACCAGGUUACCACCAGUUCCCAACGGAUGCCUUUACCACAGAGGAGAGGGCCCAUGGCGCCAUACUACUACACUUCGUCAUGGUCGUCUAUAUGUUUGUCGCACUUGCCAUAGUUUGUGAUGAUUACUUUGUCACGUCACUAGAUAAGAUAUGUGAGAAACUAGGAUUUAGCGAAGACGUUGCCGGGGCAACCUUCAUGGCAGCGGGAAGUUCAGCUCCAGAGUUAUUUACAUCAAUAAUAGGUGUUUUCAUUACAAAGGGAGACGUUGGUGUCGGAACGAUUGUUGGCUCGGCAGUAUUCAACAUCCUCUUCGUCAUAGGAAUUUGCGGGAUUCUCGUGGGAAAGGCAAUUCCUCUCUCGUGGUUUCCAUUGUGUCGAGACUCCAUCUUUUAUUCCCUGUCCGUCAUUACCUUGAUCCUAGUAGUUUAUGACAGCGUGGUCACGUGGUACGAGUCCUUGGCAAUGUUGUUGUUGUAUAUGUUCUACAUUGUCAUAAUGCGGUUCAACCCAAGUAUCCGCUGCUGGGUCAUGGCAAAAGUUCAAAAACUCAAAGAUCCGGCCGAGUUCCUAGAGAUAAAUGGAACCAUUAUGCAAAACUUUAGCGUCAAAAGAUUUCAAGGAGACUACGAGGUAUUUAAUGACGAUGAUGACGAAGUAUUUGCUACACCACAGCCCCAACCCCAGUCCCAACCACAGUCCCAGCCUAUAGAUAUACCACGCGUGGACGAGUACGCAGCCAACAAUCGCAUUAAGAUUCUAUGCAAGAAGGCCUGUUUCCGGUUUAUGAUGAAGAGAAGUUUCCCAGGACGGACUCGGUUCCAAGCCGCAGCCAGGCUCAUUAUUUCAUAUCGGCGGUUGCUGCUGAAGGAACAGGCCCAGAUGAGGCGGCAACAGUUCAAAGCGGCUGGACAGAGAGCCAGCACUGUCUCCUACACCAAGUCCGUUCGAAACUGGUUUUCAAUGACUUACGAAGGAGAAAACUACGACGCCUGGAUACAUAUACCCAACCCUAGAGAAAGUUACUUAGGUUUCGCUAAGUGGGCACUGACGUAUCCGUUAAGAGGGCUGAUGUAUGUGACCGUUCCGGACUGUAGGAAGAAAAAGUGGGAAAGAUGGUUCAUGGUUACCUUCUUCAUGUCCAUAUUCUGGAUAGCUGUUUUCUCUUACGUUAUGGUUUGGAUGGUCACUCUAAUUGGGUACACGUUCAACAUCGCCGACAGCGUGAUGGGUAUAACCUUCCUGGCUGCCGGUACCAGCAUACCUGACGCCAUGGCCAGUGUGUUCGUGGCGAAGCAAGGUAUGGGCGAUAUGGCUGUGUCCAACUCAAUUGGCAGUAACGUUUUUGACAUUCUCCUUGGACUUUCAUUACCAUGGUUUCUGAAAACAGGAAUCUUCAACGCUGGCACAACGGUGCAAAUCAACAGCAACGGUAUGUUCUACUCCAUCAUCCUACUGUUUCUCACCGUCAUCAUCACGCUUGCAGCCAUCCACUGCUCGGGCUGGAUCCUGAACAGAUGUGUUGGAAUUGUGUGUAUGAUCGUCUAUGGCGUCUACCUGGUAUUCUCUGUCAUGAUUGAAUGUAACGUCUUCGGAUAUGUCAACCCGCCCAUGUGCAAGGAAUGAUGAAGAGUGCAAUGAAGAUGAAUGCGACAGAGUUUGGUCUUCGCUAAGACGAUUUCAUUGGAAGCCUUUGAUAUGUUAGAUUAGCGAGACUGUGAUUGAAAUCAACUAGAUUUUCAAAUUGAAGUACUGGUCAGUCAUCAGACCGUGUGGAAGACAUUAUAGCCACGUGAGGUUACUGUGUGGAAGGGUUCUGCACUCAGGCAGCUGCUGCUAUCCCGCCCAUCUGACGUUAACUGUGGGAUACGGGAUGAAGAGACGAAGACAAAUGCGCAUUUUUAUAUGUUGCCUCUUGAUGCAUUGUCAAGUGUCACAUGGAGAUAUCGCGUUCGUGAACCCGACAUGGAACUGGGAUUAAUCAAACAAGCCAUAAUUUGUGCCAAUGAGUGGAGAUUUUGUUAAUUUUGCCAAUCCGCAGAUACCCGCCGAAUCGUCGAUAAGCGGUGACAACACGUAUGUACAAGUUCACUACAUAUCCAGUGUGACGGUGCACAGUUCAAACCUGGAACAGCAACUUACCGGUCUUCGUAUUCAUCAAACGUCAUGGUCUUUAAUUUAAUUUUCUAAAGAAUUUAUUACAGUUAUAGCCCACAAAUAUAUUUACAACUGUUACAACUAAGCCAUGGAGUCUCAAAUAAUCGAGAUUAAGAUAUAUAUCAGUGUUUUGUUUGUUGGUUAGUGGUUACUCUCGUUACCAGAAACACUAUAUUCCAAGCGCCCGAACUUUUAUCCUUCUGUGUGUGUCUUGCCUAAAUUGAGAAACAUCAAAAGAAUAAUAAUAAUAAUAAAAACAUUUGACGAACAUUGCUGUCUAACCACAUUUGGCAUAUUUGGUACACGAAUGAACACGUUGGAAUGGUGUGAAUGAUGAAGACUGUCUCAAAAAUGGAGGAUUAUCUCCCUUCCCAACUUGCUUAUUUCUUCCUUUAUCAGAUACUGGUCAUAAGGGUUUACUUGUUUACAUGGACAGAAAACACGCUUGAUGUUGACGUGGUCACUUUUCCAGUCUGUAAACGUCAUGGUUUUGCUUGUCCUAACCAACAAUUCUAAAAGCAAUUCUGCUCAUCAUAUAUUGACCAACUAUAUAUUUUUGGUUUUAAACUUUCCUAGAGCUAGAUGCCUUCUCCUCGUAUACAUAUAGUCAGAGCGAUCGAUAAACGUAGGUUUUAGCGAAUUAAAUUCUUUGCUGCAUUAGCAGAUCUCUGUGCUGAAAAAAAAACAAAAAAAAAUGUGAAAAAUGUUAUUGUUGUUGUUGUUGAAACGUUAGUAAAUCCCGUGGCUU